AGGCCACACCCAAUGUCUCCUGUCCCUCCAGGCAGUUUCUGUUGUUCUGUCUAUGAGCACAGUUGCAGCCUACAGGAGGAGAUGCCAUGACCUUCACCUUCACAGCCCUGCUCUGUCUGGGACUGACUCUGGGCCUCAGAACUCCAGUGCUGGCAGGUGAGUGGGUGUCUGCAGAUGUCCUGACCUGCACCUCUCAUCAUCCCCAGGAGCCCUGCCUGGGCAGUGAGGAUGGAAACAGCACACGAGCCCUUCCUAAGCCUGUCCUGAGAGCACAGCCACACUCUGUGGUCUCCAAGCAGAAUAAGGUGACCUUCUUGUGUGAGGGAGCCACAGGAGCCAAAGAGUAUAGAUUAUAUAAAGAGACAUACCUAAAUCAAUGGCAGAGAGUGAUUUCAGAGAACCCAAAGAACAAGAACGAAUUCUCAAUCUCAGAAUUAGAUCAUAUACAUGCAGGGCGAUAUUGCUGUCAAUAUCAGACCCCUGAUGGAACGUCAGAGUACAGUGACCCCCUGGAGCUGGUGGUGACAGGAUUCUACAGUAAACCCAGGCUGUCAGCCCAGCCCAGCCCUGAGGUGACUGAAGGAGGGACUGUCACCCUCCAGUGUGACUCACAGCAGGCAUAUAACUGCUACAUUCUGACUAAGGAAGGACCUCAGCAGUCGUCCCUGACACUGGACUUACAGUGUAACACCUAUACUGGGCAAUACCAGGUCCUGUUCUUUGUGGGCCCUGUGACCUCCAGUCAAAGAUGGACAUUCAGAUGUUACAGCUUUAACGAGGACAGCCAUCAAGUGUGGUCAGAACCUAGUGACACCCUGGAGCUCCUUGUCCCAGGGACCCUCCACAAACCCACCAUCAAGGCUGAGCCAGGAUCUGUGAUCACCUCAGCGAGUCCCAUGGACAUCUGGUGUCAGGGGACAAUGGAUGCAGAAAUAUAUAUUUUACAAAAAGAAGGAACCCAAAAACACUGGGGUACACAGACCCCAGAGAAGCCAGAGAACAAGGCCAAGUUCUCUAUCCCUUCUGUGACCCACCUAGAUGCAGGGCAGUAUCACUGUUACUGUUACAGCUCGGCUGGCUGGUCAGAGCGCAGUGACACCCUGGAAUUGGUGGUAACAGGUAUCUACAACAUUAAAUCCCGCCUGACAGCCCUGCCCAGCCCUGUGGUGACCUCAGGAGGGAACAUGACUCUCCAGUGUGUAUCAUUGAGGAGAUAUAACAAGUUCAUUCUCACGAAGGAAGAUCAAAAGUUCCUCAGCUCCAUGGACUCACAGUAUAUACACAGUGCUAUGCAGUACCGAGCAUUGUUCUCUAUAGAUCAUGUAACACCAGACCUCACAGGAACAUUCAGAUGUUAUGGUUACUACAAGAAGACCCCACAGCUGUGGUCAGUACCCAGUGAACCCCUGGAAAUACACAUCUCUGGGCUGGCCAAGAAGCCCUCCCUGCUGACUCACCAAGGCCAUAUCCUGGAUCCUGGAAAGCACCUCACACUGCAGUGUUGCUCUGACAUCAACUAUGACAGAUUUGCCCUGUACAAAUUGGGGAGUGCUGAGUUCAUUCAGCAAGAUGGCCAGUGGACUCAGUCUGGUCUCUCCUUGGCCAACUUCACACUGGGCUCUGUGAGCAGCUCUACUGGAGGCCAGUACAGAUGCUAUGGUGCACACAACCUCUCCUCUGAGUGGUCAGCCUCCAGUGACCCCCUGGACAUCCUGAUCUCAGGAUGGUUUCAAGUCAUUCCUACCCUCUCAGUGAAGCCUAACUCCACAAUACACUCUGGAGACAACGUGACCCUGUUGUGUAAGACAGCACACACAGUGGACAGUUUCAUUCUGUCCAAGGAGGAAGCAGCACACCAACCCCAGAGACUAAAACCGAAGCUCCAAGUUCAGGAGUCCCAGGCAGAAUUCUCCAUGAGUGCUGUGACCUCUGACUUCUCAGGCACCUACAGGUGCUAUGUUUCUGAAGGCUCAUCUCUCUAUCUGUUGUCAUAUGCCAGUGCCCCUGUAAAGAUCACUGUCUCAGCCUCGGAGAAACAGGAUCACACAGAGGAGAAUCUCAUCAGGAUGGGUUCUGCUGUCAUGAUCCUCAUAGUCCUUGGGAUUCUGGUCUUCAAGGCUUGGGGCAGCCAGAGACAAAGCCAACGUGCUCUUCGGAUGUAACCAGAAGAGAAAGGGAACAAAUGAUUGCCAAGACUUCAACCAUUACCAGUACUUUCUAACACUUCAGAUGCUUCUGCAUGAAGCUGUGGGAGGAGGAAUGAGCAACAACAAUGUGAACUAGAAGAGAAAGGGCUGGAUGGAUCCAGCAGAGAUACCCAAUAUCUGUGAAAUUAUAGACCUCCUCCUAUACCUAAGUCAGCAAACUACAUGCUGGAAUCAUGGAAAUAAAGUGACCAUGUCAGGAGUCCCAAAAUUUGUCUCCAUGUAAUGUCCUCUCAGAGGAAUAGUUUCAGGUUCUGAGGUCUCUUCACAUCAUUAGUCAAGAAAAUGCCCCCACAGACAUGACUACAGUUUAGUCUCAUCAAAGCGCAUCCUCAGUUGAGGUUCACUGUUUCCAAUUGACUUUAGUCUUCAUCAAAAUGACAAAAACCAACCAAUGCACUCGCUCACCCCAAUGCAUAUUCUCAGAAAAAAAGAAUCCAUAUGUGAAUC